GAAUAUGGAGCAGAUGGCAAGUUGUUCACCCCAGACGGAACAUGCCAGACACUGACUGAUCGACGCGAUCAGAGCUUCACAAAUCCCUCGGAAGCGGCUCAAUUCAGUUUGACCUCUCGGAAGGAAGGACGGUUGAUGUGUCAGGAAAUGGAUCAGUCGUCCGGUGAGCCUGCUCCAAGAAAAAGUGGCACAGUCUGACCACUGUUGCUCCCCGAGUUCAAAUAGAUAUCGUUCCUUAUUGUCAGUCCGCAGUCCUUCGCACACAGCAAUAUGGCUUUAGCUCUUGUCGGAGGUAAAGGUUAUCGCUCUUUCACAUGGACUUUCUGUCUUGCCGUCAAGCCAUUCGGUUUUGUGAACCUGCUCGGCUUCGAACUUAAAUCGUCGAUAUACGCCCUGUCAGACAGUGCCACUUUUGCUGGAAACAGGCUCGCCGGAAGGUUGAACUCGAAGAACAAUACAGGUCACGUGGCUCUUGGCGGCGGUGACAGUUCCAGCCUCACUUUGUCUUUCGAGAACCUCUUGAAUAGCCACCUUAUUCAUGCCGUCGUUGGUAUUGUCGUCUCCUCUCAAGACCACAUAGCCUUUCCCUGUACCUCGAUUUUCUUUCUCAUACCCCAUACACUUCAGACUCACAUUUGGAUCUCUCCUGAACGGAUCUUGGAAAUUUGCUCUGGCAGUUAUACCUUAGAACUUACCUGUUUAUUUUCUCUUUGGAUAUCUCAUAACUCAAACAUGUCUGGCAUUAACGCCCCCGAUCGGUACGUCUCUUUCACUUCUGUUUGUCUCAAGCGCAUGUCCGGCGGGAUGGGAGUAGAGGAUCUUGGUCUCCAAGAUGAGGUCGCGUGCCGGCAGAUACGAGAAUGGUCCAGAGAUCCCUGCAGGACGAAUAGUGCCUUAUUGAAGUCUUUAAAACUUGGAUGGCAACUGUCGGGACUUCAGGAGAAUGUGAGGUGCUGCGGAUCCCAUGCUGGCUGCCGACUUCUUUGUUCUGGAGUGAAUGCCCAACGUUCACCACCGCCUGUGGCUUGGCGUGUCGCUGCAACUGCCUCACUUCCCUCAGCUGCAACAAGUUACCAUCUUCGAUCCUCUCCUCUGUCAAUUCUACUGGGAUGCAACAAUAUCUUGUAAGAAUAUUACAAUCCGUUGUCAGUUAUGUCAGACAACUCGGCAUCUUCACCCACGACCGGCGGUCUACGACGUCUCUCAGAAGGAGAAUGGCCAACCCACCCGAGUAAGAGCAAGUACUCUGGAAACCAAAACACUUCCGUCAACGAUACCACCGUCAACAAACCUGACUCCAACGGACCUCA